GCUGACUUCGGGAAAGCUCCACAUUAAAAGAUGGCGGGAACCGGACUCAGAUGAUGAAGACAAUCCGGAUUAUAAAUAUGAUAUUGCCGAAGCAUGGCGAAACCUUUUAACACUGUCAUCAUGUCAUCAAAUAAUGCUCAAAGAAAAGGGACAGCGGCGUUUACAGCUGCUGAUUGGACUAAAUGUUACUCAAGAAUUCCCUUGGAAACAAGUCAAAUACAAGAAUUUUUUAGAUCAACUCGAAGAUAUAGAAGACGGCGAAUUUUUAAGCGCUGCACUUCAAGGGUUUAACUUAGAAGAUCAUUUAUUAUUUGGUUAUGCUCCCAUCUUGACGGAAAAUCUAGACGAUGUGCCAGAGGGUGAUCCCUUUAUUGUUUUUCUAAAUCCGGCAGAUGCUAAAACGGCGCUAUCAAUAAUUCGAAAUAUGGAAUUAUAUGAACGUUGGGUAGUAAACAAGCGUUUGUUAAAGAAACCUCGCCGUUGGGUAUCACUAGGCAGUGAGAAUGAACUAAAGAUGACUAUAGAACAACAACAUGCAACUCCACUUGAGGUCGAGGUACAGAGUGUAUAUCCCUUAAGGAUACCAGAAAACAAGGAAUUUUCCUUUCGCAAAUCUUCGGACGUGCGUGAUGGAUACGUCGAACUUUUGCCGAGUGAAUUAGUUAAAUUUGAAAAUAUAUUGCGACGACGAGUUACCAUAGGUAUUCAAUCGGCACCAACUUUAAUUCACUUGGAACAGCAAACUGAUCCAACAUUUCCAACAAAUGCCUGGGCACAAUAUUUGUACGAGAUAAUUGAUGAAGAGGGGUUAGAUGAUAGUUCGGAAGACGAGGCUUCCAAGGAGCAAGCUCAGGGCUCAAGCAAAUCUGUAACUCCGGCAUCAAUGGAACCCGUAAUUACCAAACCACCACCAGAGCUUUCGUCCAAUAUCCGACUCUUAUUGGACACUUUAGAAUUUAAUCAAAUUGAUAUGUACCGAAAUGACUACGCCUAUAUUUGUAACAAACCUAUUGAGCACUACUCUACGCCAUACUUAAAAGAAACUCUAUGUUUUGCUAACAUCUCCAAGAGUUAUGAACGCUACGUUUGUGGAAUCGAUUGGUACUACAACCUAUCUGGAUUAAUUGUCACUUCUUAUACGUUUGAUACCCCAGCUACAAUCGACUUAAUAUCACGUCAUGUCGACAUAGUCCAGCGUGCUGUAUUGCAACCAAAUCCUAUUUUAAUGUGGAGUUUUUCUGAUAAUUUAAAUUACAAAUUGGAAUUCGAAUCUUCACAAGAAGUAACUGUUCUCUCGUUCUGCCCACACGACCCGAAUCUUUUAUUUGGCGGAUGCAAAAAUGGUCAGCUAAUUGCUUGGGAUCUUCAAGGACGUGUGGAAAAAUUUGAUACUGAAGAGAUACUGACAGCAGCACAAAGCAAAUAUCGCGUUUUAAUAGCUGAUUUUUUAAAAUGGACGAUACAGAUAAACGAGGAUGCCAUUGUACCUGCCGCUAUGAUGUCUGCAUUGGAAGUAUCCCAAAAGUCUGCUAUUACCGGCAUAUAUUGGCUAGGAAACCAGUUUCAUGUGAAUUCCUUUGGCAAGGCUUUUACAGAUUCUAAUAAAGAGAUAAUACACAAAUUUUUCCUUACCUGCUCUGUGGAUGGAACCAUUUCAUUUUGGAAUUUAGAUUUGGUAAACGACAAGAAACUACAAGCUGCGGCUAUGAGGCGUGAUCAGCCCAGGGCCCUCACACAAAGCGAGUCAAUUUAUAAAAAUAAAGUGCUUAAUCCCAUUUUCACUAUUGUAUUUAAUGAGCCAAUAACCUCUAUAUAUUGCGACUCAUCUGUAUUUCAUUGUAAGAUACCGGAUUCACCACAAAAGGCAGCAAAAAAUACCAACAAUUUUGCGACAAUUCUCGAAGCUAAAGAUCCAAAAGAAAUGAGGCAAUCGAUUAUAACGUCGUCAUUUUAUGGACGCAUUGAAAGGCUUAAUUGGUUGGGUUCAUAUGCAGGUGCAGAACGUCGUGAAACUGUUUCGAUGACGAUCAAUUUUGCUCGGGUGCACGAUGGACCAGUUAUCGCAUUGAAAAAGAACCCGUUUUACCCAGCAGUUUUUGUAUCUAUUGGUCGUUCAAUAUUUGCCGUUUGGAAGGAAAAUUUUAAUUAUUCGCCAAUAUUUUGGCGAAGAUGUGCAACAGAUUUGACUGCGGUGGCGUGGAGCGAAUCUCGACCUGGGAUAUUAUUCCUGACGCGAAUUGAUGGAAAUAUUGAAGCUUGGGAUAUUCUUGCCCGUGACGACGAUGCAUGCUAUAACGACAUUUUGGGUGGUGGGAUAAUAACAGCCAUAUCAGAGCAUCGACCGUCAGAGCCUGAAAAGCUGAUAGGAAUCGGUGAUUACAAUAGCAGUUUCCGAAUGGUCAAAUUACCACAGAGUUUCUACACUCCUGAGCCCAGGGAACUAGAGAGGGUUAAAGAGUAUUUUACCAAAGAAGAAAACCGGAAAAAAUCUAUUCAAUCUUGGGAACACCAGUUCUUCGAAAAUAAUCGUGAUAUUAUUGAAGCCAAACGUCAGGCCGAAGUUGAUGCUAGAAAAGAACUAGAACGGCUUGAGAAGGAGUACGCAUUAAACGCAACACGCAAAGUUAAAGACAAUACCGAAGAGAGAAGGGACGAGUAUAAAAACCUCUCCUAUACUGAGCGAAUGAAACAUAAAUGGGACGAAUUGAAUUUGAACCGUUUGCUGAGUAUUUUAAUGACUCGUAAACGCGUUGACGAAGAAAAGCUAGAGCGGGAAACUAGACUUGAAAAAAGGCAUUUGGCCUACGAAGCUGCAAAAAAACAAUCAUUGAUUCGCAUCCAGCAACGUGUGGGCGAAGAAGUAGCAGCUGUUAGGGCAAGGAUAUUACCACAUGAGAAAGUCGAUCUGCAGCGCAUCGAUAUGAUACUUGCAUCUGUAGGAGUAUUAAUGGAUAAUGUUGAUGAUUAUGUUGCCACUGAAAUGGAAUCCAAUGAAGUAGUUCAUAACUUUGAUACCUUUGAUACUCUUAGUUACAUUGAUUUUUUAUAUCGUGGGGAUCAUCGUCGUCGUUUGCUGAACAAAUCAAUGGGUGGGAACACUGAACGGCUCUAUUGGUAUGAAUGUAUUCAGAAUGAUGACCUAUUGGAAGAAUGCUACUGGUUAUAUGACAGUUAUAUUGAAGCUCAAAAAAAUUUACAAUCAGAAAGAGAAAGUCAAACAGAAGUCAAUGUUAAUCCAAAACAAUCGGAAGAUGAACUAAUGUCGAAAUAA